AUCAUGAAGAAAACCGCCCACAAUGGAAUCCUCAACGGCCUAAUGAGACAUCCGGUUUGCACGAGUACGAUACCAACCUCGCCCUGUGCUGACAACACGAUAAACCCCAUACGGGGACUGGUGGAUAACCUGGUCAUCAACCCUAAUCCUGACAAACCCUUCCUCCGACUCAGUAUAGGUGACCCGUCAGUGUUCGGUAACUUCGACCCUCCCCCACAAGUAAUAAAAGCAGUAGCUGACAACCUGACAACAAGUUGCUAUGGUUACGUGCCCGCUCACGGUUUGGUCAGUACUAGAUCAGCUAUUGCAAAGUACUACAACACUGCUUCCAGCCCCCUCACCAGCAAUGAUGUGUUUGUGACGAGUGGUUGCAGCGAUGCUCUGCGAAUUGCCAUGGAUUGUCUGGGUUCAGAAAAACGAAACAUCUUGCUCCCAAAGCCGGGUUUCUCUCUUUAUCAAACCAUUGCAGGAAACCGGGGCAUUCCCGUCAAGUUUUACGACCUUGAUCCAGAGAACAACUGGUCAAUAGAUCUAAACCAGUUAGAAUCGCUGAUAGAUGAGAACACUGCUGCCAUAUUGGUAACAAACCCCAGCAAUCCCUGUGGGAGUGCCUUCUCUGUCCAGCACCAGCGCGAUAUUCUGUCAGUCGCCGAGAAACACGGUUUGCCGCUGAUAGCAGAUGAGAUUUAUCAAGACAUGGUGUAUGACGGGGAGAGCAAAUCGUUUGGAGAGCUCAGUGAACAUGUUCCUGUUUUGUCUUGCUGUGGUCUCGCUAAACGGUGGCUGAUUCCUGGAUGGAGGGUAGGCUGGCUCAUCGCACACGAUCGACACAACAGACUGUCCAAGGUAAGAGAUGGAUUGACAAAACUGUGCCAAGUUAUAAUUGGAGCCAAUGUAUUGAUCCAGGGUGCUGUCCCGCAAAUUCUGGAGACUGUCCCACAAUCUUUCUACGACGACACAUUAAAGCGACUCAAGAGUGCGUCGGAGGUUGUGUACUCUGAGUUAAAAGAUUGUCCUCAGUUAAGGCCCUUCAAACCACAGGGGGCAAUGUACAUGAUGGUCCAAUUGAAAAUCGAUCAGUUUGAAGACAUUGGAGACGAUAUGGAAUUUGUUGAGAAGCUGAUAACCGAGCAAAGCGUCUUUCCCCUUCCAGCUAACAUAUUCGGUAUCCCCAACUACGUACGCUUGGUGCUUACAGUUCCAGAGGACAUCCUCAGAGAAGCCUGUCAGCGGAUUGUUGAGUUCUGUGAUCAGCACAAAGCAGCUGUUCCUCGCAAGAUAUCCAGGAUUGAAGUAGCUCCCUGAGGUCACGUGAGAUGAACUUACUGCUGUUAUAUGGCAUUGUGGACAAUGUGGACGGUCAUGAUUGUUGCUGAGAGAUUUUAAUAUAGGACUGAUUUAGAUUGAUGUAGAAUUAUUGAACAGCUUUAUAUUCCACAGAGACUUUACUAAAUUGUCGGGCAUCCUGAUCAUCAUAAUCGAACCUAAUUUAAGAACAGAAAAACCCCGGAAUUUUAUGCUCAUGGGAAAUGCAGUAAACUGUGUAACGUGCAAUUUUAAUAGGAAUUAGGAAUGUGAAGUAUUUUGACAGGCCAAGAUAAAUACAUUUCGUGUUCAGAUUUCAAUGUAAUGCCAGGAGAGGGGUAUCAUUGUUUCGGGUUUAUUCUGUUCUUAAACUGUGUUCCUGAGAAUUUAGAAAAACUUACUUUGGUAUUUAUUGAAGAAAAGUUAUUUUAGUUGUACUUAUAAAAUGUUAUGUUGACUGUUUUUAUCUAGAGUUUACCAGACAAAUGAUUUUAAAGCCGACACUCUCGCUGCUGCUGAUUGUUAUCUAUGGUGUUGUCAAACGAAAGUAAGCCCUGCGUUAUAGUGCUGACAGAUCCGUCUGAACAGAAUCAGUAUUCCGACACAACAAGCUUUCAAAGGAUGUGGGACUCUAAAAUGUUAAAAAUCCUCUGAAAGCUCGUUGUGUACAUAAAUAAUUUUUUCAGACGGGUCUGCACAAUUACUGAAAAUCCCACCAACAUCUCAUUUUUGAUUGUACUAGCACU